CCCCGCCGCCUCCCCCGCGCGGUCUCCGGAGCCUCCUGCGCGGCGCAGCCUCGACCGCCCGCCUGUCUCCGAGCAGAUCUGAGCGUCUUACGAUGCGCAUUCCAGGCUGAGCUGAGAGCAGACCUGGAGGGCUUUCCCUCCAGCGGAUCUGGAGGAAUCCUUGGCAGAGGGAUCGGCCUUCCUCUUUGGGGGUGAGACUCUGCUCAGCGUGCCCUGCCUGCAGUGGGUGAAGAUGCUGUAUGCCCGUCUGUGAGAGCCACCUUCCCUCUCGGGAAGGGGACCGACCCAACGGACCUCGGUGGCCCUCUUCUGCGCAAGAAUCUGCUCCCUUCCUUCCACAGCCCCCGUAGGCUCUUCUGUCCAACAGGACCCUCUGUUCCUCCAAGCCUUGGACCGUCCUUCCCCCCGCGGGAUUCUGCUCUCCUCCCGUCUCAUGAGGAUUUGAGGGCGUCCCCAAGGGGGCCCCCGGUAGACAGUGGGCCUACCAUGGCGAGGCCCGUCUGUUUGCUGGUGCCUCUGGCGUUGCUGGUGGGCUUGGUCCUGGGCCCCGGAGCCGGGGGAGCAGCCUUGGAGUUUGGGGGUGCGCCGGGGCAGUGGGCUCGCUACGCUCGGUGGGAUGCCAGCUCCUCCGGCGAGCUGAGCUUCAGCCUCAAGUCCAAUGUGUCCCGUGCCCUGGUCUUGUACCUGGACGACGGGGGCAACUGCGACUUCCUGGAACUGCUGAUCUUGGAGGGCCGUUUCCGUCUGCGUUUCACCAUCUCCUGCGCCGAGCCGGCCAGCUUGCACCUGGAGACCCCCGUCAACGACGACCGCUGGCACAUGGUGCUCUUGACCCGCAAUUACCGGGAGACCAUGCUGGUGGUGGACGGCGAGGCCCGGGUCGCUGAAGUCAAGUCGAAGCGGCGCGACAUGGCGGUGGAAAGCGAUCUCUUUGUGGGCGGCAUCCCACCAGACGUCCGCCUGUCGGCCCUGACGCUUAGCACCGUCAAGUACGAGAUGCCCUUUCGCGGGAUGGUGGCCAAUCUCAAAGUGGGGGACAUGCCCCCGGCCCUCUUGGGUAGCCAGGGCAUCCGCAGCGACAUGGAGUAUCUGUGCACCAAGCAGAACCCCUGCGCCAAUGGUGGGAUUUGCACCGUGGUCAACAGCGAGGUGCAGUGCGAUUGCCGCCUCACCGGCUUCCAGGGCAAAUUCUGCAGCGAAGAAGAGCUGACGAUGGAAGUAGGGUCCUUCCUGUACUCGGAAGGGGGGGCAGAGAGAACAGCCAGUGAGACCCCCCAGGCAUCAAAAGGGAAAGAAGAAUUCGUGGCAACGUUCAAGGGGAACGAAUUCUUCUGCUACGACCUUUCGCACAACCCCAUCCAAAGCAGCACCGACGAGAUCACCCUCUCCUUCCGCACCCUUCAGCGCAACGGCCUGAUGCUCCACACCGGGAAGUCGGCCGACUACGUCAACCUCUCGCUCAAGAGCGGUGCCGUCUGGCUGGUCAUCAACCUGGGCUCCGGCGCCUUCGAGGCUCUGGUGGAGCCUGUGAACGGCAAGUUCAAUGACAACAACUGGCACGACAUUCGUGUGACUAGAAACCUGCGCCAGGUGACCAUCUCCGUGGACGGAAUCCUGACCACGACCGGAUACACCCAAGAGGACUACACCAUGCUGGGUUCGGACGACUUCUUCUAUAUCGGAGGGAGUCCCAACACGGCUGACCUCCCCGGGUCCCCCGUCAGCAACAAUUUUAUGGGAUGCCUCAAGGAUGUGGUCUACAAGAACAAUGACUUCAAACUGGAGUUGUCACGCUUGGCCAAGGAAGGAGAUCCCAAGAUGAAGAUCAACGGCGACCUGGUCUUCCGCUGUGAGAACGUCGCCGCCCUCGACCCGGUCACCUUUGAGUCCCCCGAGGCGUACAUUUCCCUGCCCAAGUGGAACACCAAGAAGACCGGCUCCAUCUCCUUCGAUUUCCGGACCACCGAGCCCAACGGGCUUCUCCUCUUCAGCCACGGCCGGCUGCAGCCCCCGAAGGAGGGCCGAUCUGAGCGCAUGCACAAGGCAGAUUACUUUGCCAUGGAGCUUCUGGACGGCUACCUCUACCUGCUGCUGGACAUGGGCUCGGGGGGCAUCAAAAUGCGGGCCAGCACCAAGAAGGUGAAUGACGGGGAGUGGUGCCACGUGGACUUCCAGCGCGAUGGGCGCAAGGGAUCCAUCUCGGUGAACAGCCGCAGCACCCCCUUCCUGGCCAGCGGGGAGAGCGAGAUCUUGGACCUGGACAGUGAGAUGUACCUGGGGGGGCUCCCCGAGAACCGGCUGGACCUCAUCCUGCCCCCCGAGGUGUGGACGGCCUUUCUGAACUACGGCUACGUGGGCUGCGUGCGGGACCUCUUCAUCGAUGGCAAGAGCCGGGACGUGCGCCGCCUGGCCGAGGUGCAGAGCGUGUCCGGCGUCUCCAGCUUCUGCUCCCGGGAGACCCUCAAGCAGUGCGGCAGCUCCCCCUGCCACAACGGGGGCCUGUGCCGCGAGGGGUGGAACCGGUUCAUCUGCGACUGCGUGGGCACCGGCUACCUGGGCCGGCUGUGCGAGAGAGAGGCCACAGUGCUAAGCUACGACGGGAGCAUGUAUAUGAAAAUCAUGCUGCCAACAGUCAUGCACACCGAGGCCGAAGAUGUGUCCCUCCGGUUUAUGUCGCAGCGAGCGUACGGCUUCAUGAUGGCAACCACCUCCAAGGAAUCUGCCGACACCCUGCGCCUCGAGUUGGAUGGGGGACAGAUGAAACUCACAGUCAACCUAGACUGUGUCAGGAUAGGCUGUAACCCCAGUAAAGGGCCAGAAACUCUCUUCGCUGGCCACAAACUCAACGACAACGAAUGGCACACUGUCCGCGUGCUCCGGCGUGGGAAGAACCUGCAGCUCUCUGUGGACAACGUCACCGUGGAAGCAGGUCAGAUGGCAGGCGCCCACACCCGCCUGGAAUUCCACAACAUCGAGACGGGCAUCAUGACGGAACGGCGGUUCAUUUCCGUGGUGCCCUCCAACUUCAUCGGCCACCUAAGCAGCCUGGUCUUCAAUGGGUUGCCCUACAUGGACCUCUGCAAGAACGGGGACAUCAGCUACUGCGAGCUGAAUGCCCGCUUCGGCCUCCGCAGCAUCAUCGCUGACCCCGUCACCUUCAAAAGCAAGUCCAGCUACCUGGCACUGGCCACGCUGCAAGCCUACGCCUCCAUGCACCUCUUCUUCCAGUUCAAGACCACGGCCACCGACGGUCUCAUCCUCUUCAACAGCGGCAACGGCAAUGACUUCAUUGUGGUGGAGCUCGUCAAAGGGUACAUCCACUACGUUUUCGAUCUGGGCAAUGGGCCAUCGCUGAUGAAGGGGAAUUCGGACAAGCCAGUGAACGACAACCAGUGGCACAACGUCAUUGUGUCCCGCGACACUAGCAAUGUCCACACACUGAAGAUCGACUCGCGCACCGUCACACAGCACUCCAAUGGAGCCCGCAACUUGGACCUCAAAGGGGAGCUGUACAUCGGAGGCUUGAGCAAAAGCAUGUUCAACAACCUGCCCAAACUCGUUGCCUCUCGGGACGGUUUCCAGGGCUGCCUGGCCUCCGUGGAUCUCAACGGCCGACUCCCAGACCUCAUCGCCGACGCCCUGCACCGGAUUGGGCACGUCGAGAGGGGCUGUGAUGGCCCCAGCACCACCUGUACAGAGGACUCCUGCGCCAACCAGGGCGUCUGCCUUCAGCAAUGGGACGGCUACACUUGCGAUUGCACCAUGACCUCCUACGGCGGCCCGGUGUGCAAUGACCCUGGCACAACAUACAUUUUUGGGAAAGGCGGGGCGCUGAUUACAUACAUUUGGCCCCCGAAUGACCGCCCCAGCACGCGGGCCGACCGGCUGGCCGUGGGAUUCAGUACGCAUCAGAAGAACGCGAUUCUGGUGCGGGUGGACAGUGCCUCUGGACUCGGAGACUACUUACAGCUGCACAUAGACCAGGGCACUGUGGGAGUCAUUUUCAAUGUGGGCACAGACGACAUCACGAUCGAGGAAGGCAAUGCCAUGGUGAACGAUGGCAAGUACCACGUGGUCCGUUUCACCCGAAGUGGUGGCAACGCAACGCUGCAGGUUGACAACUGGCCCAUCAACGAGCGAUACCCGGCAGGGAACACUGAUAAUGAACGGCUGGCGAUUGCUAGACAAAGAAUACCGUAUCGGCUCGGUCGAGUAGUAGAUGAAUGGCUACUCGACAAAGGUCGCCAGCUGACCAUCUUUAACAGCCAGGCCGCCAUCAAGAUCGGAGGCCGGGACCAGGGCCGGCCUUUCCAGGGCCAGAUCUCGGGUCUGUACUACAACGGGCUCAAGGUCCUCUCCUUGGCCGCCGAGAGUGACCCCAACGUGAAGGUGGAGGGCAACCUGCGGCUGGUGGGCGAGGUGCCGUCCGUCAUGACCACUGAGACCACGGCCACCACCCUGCUGGCAGACAUGUCCACGACCAUCAUGGAGACCACCACCACCAUGGCCACAACCACCACGCGGCGUGGCCGUUCUCCCACCAUGCGGGACAGUAUUACUCAGGGCUCGGACGACCUUCUGGUGGCUUCGGCCGAGUGCCCCAGCGACGACGAAGACCUGGAGGAGUGUGAGCCGAGCACCGGAGGUGAAUUAGUAUUGCCCAUAAUAACCGAGGACUCACUAGACACCCCUCCGAUUGCCACCCGCUCUCCCUUCAUUCCCCUGCCUCCCACCUUUGGCCCCUUCCUAACCGUAAUCGAGACCACCAAGGGCACCAUCUCCCUCCCGGCUCAGCCGAAGCCCCCCUGCCUGGCCGAACAGGACGACAGCGACUGCGAAGAAGGGAUCGAGGCCUCGGGGUACGCCUCCGGGGAGGUCUCCGACUCCAGCCUGCCCCCCACCGACGACGAAGACUUUUACACCUCCUUCCCCCUGGUCACAGAUAGGACCCCGCUGGGCCGCCCCGACGGAGCACCCAGAAAGCCCCAUGGACACCGCCCCGGCCUUAGGACAGGACUGCCGGCGUCGCCCUCCGCCCCCGACCUCCUGACCGCCACCGCCUCCCCCGGGCUGGUCCGCCACAUCCCGGCGGGCAAAAUGAACAACCGCGAGCCCCUGCGGCCCCACCCCGAGCACGUCCCCCCUCUCGCCACCUCCUUCGAGCCCGACAGGCUCAACCGGCUCAAGCGCCCCGUUGUAACCUCUUCCCCCGGUUUCCACAAUCUGCCCACAGCUAACCCCACCGACCCCGGGGAGAGGGGCCCCCCCGGCGCCGUGGAGGUCAUCCGGGAGUCCAGCAGCACCACCGGCAUGGUGGUGGGCAUCGUGGCUGCCGCCGCCCUCUGCAUCCUCAUCCUCCUCUACGCCAUGUACAAGUACCGCAACCGGGACGAGGGCUCCUACCAGGUGGACCAGAGCCGGAACUACAUCAGCAACUCGGCACAGAGCAACGGUGCGGUGGUCAAGGAGAAGCCGGCCGCCCCCCCCAAGGCGGCUGGGAAAAGCAAGAAAAACAAAGACAAGGAAUACUAUGUCUGAGGCCCCCGGCCCCCCCGCGCGCGCCAGAGAGACCCACGCCCCAAGGAGGCGCGCAGCGAGACUGUCCAGACACGCAUCCCCCAAAACUCUGGAGAGGAGACCCCACAAACGCCUCUCCCCCCUCCCCCUCCCCCGAGAGAGGCAGCAUCUUAAAACGGCCCCGUCGCCCGCCCUCUUUGGUUCGCUCAUCUCGUCCUCCUCUCCCGCCCUUCCUGUGCAAAAGCCCCCAGAAACGAAAAAAGAGAAAGAAACAAAGUCGAGGUGAGGUGCUCACAGGGCCUGCCUCGCCCCUUCUUCCACCCUGACCUUCCAACCCUACAGGGUCGUUGUUGUUUCUCCCUUGGGCAGACCUAAAGGAAAGCCCAGCCGCCUGGUUUAGGGCCGUGGCUCGGUGGCCUCUCGCCUCAAAGAGGGACGGACGGUGCCUGGACAGGAGGAUUAAAGGGGGUUGGGGGAGGCAGAAGCCCAGCCCAGCCCCCCAGGUGAGAUUGCAGCCGGGACGAUGCUUGGCGGAUCGCGGUCCCCUCCUCAAGGGUCGGGGUCCUCAUGGAGGCGGAAAGGAAAUGGGGCUCCCCCUGCCUGGCCGCAUUCCGACCACCCUUCCCAGCCGGGCUCUGAAGCGAAGCCCCCGCCGGAGCCAGGCCCAGCCCGGCCAGGCUGCCCCUGGCCUGGCCGGGGAGGAAAGGGGACGGUGGCCCCAGACCCACCUUCCCGUCCUCCGUCCAAAGUGUCCUGCUUCCUGACCUGCUCCCACCCAUCAAGCCUCGGAGUCUCGGCCGGGGUGGAAUCCGGCCAAGCGAGUCGUUCAUUCAGUUCCUGGGGGGCAGUAGAGAAACGCCGAGACGAAGCGGGCAACUGGGGCAAUUGCAGGUCGCGCUCUCCGCAGGGGACGCUCCUGUUUCCCAAAAGCCAGCUGGAUGGUCCUGACUUGUUAAUAAAAAGGGGGAGUUCAAAACCA